GUUUUUUCUCAAAAAAAAAAAUAAAAAGAAGCAACAGGCGUGGGGGUGUAAUAGUUAGCAGAACGGAGGUAGUACCGUAGUAGUGGGUCCCUCCCUCCCUCCCGCGCGGUGGUAAGGAUUGAAAAUCGGAGGAAGAGAGUAUUUGUCUUCGGCGUGUUCCUCUUUCCCAUCCAUCAUAUCAUUUGAUUGAGAUUGAAGAUGAAAACCCCUCUUUCCAGUUUCUACCGAAACCCCGUUAAGUUCAGGAUGCCAACUUCGGAAAACCUAGUUCCCAUUCGACUUGACAUUGAAAUCGACGGUCAUAGAUACAAGGAUGCUUUCACUUGGAACCCUUCUGAUCCGGAUUCAGAGAUUGUUGUGUUUGCUAAAAGGACUGUUAAAGAUUUGAAGCUACCUCCCCCUUUUGUUACUCAGAUUGCUCAAUCCAUUCAAUCUCAGCUAGCUGAAUUUCGAUCCUACGACGGCCAAGAUAUGUAUGCUGGAGACAAGAUUCUCCCCAUCAAGCUCGAUCUUCGUGUAAAUCAUACACUUGUAAAGGAUCAAUUUUUAUGGGACUUGAAUAAUUUCGAUAGUGAUCCUGAAGAGUUUGCAAGAAUCUUCUGCAGAGACAUGGACAUUCAGGAUCCUGAGGUUGGACCAGCUGUUGCCUUUGCCAUCAGAGAACAGCUUUAUGAGAUUGCAAUUCAAAGUGUGGUUUCAGCAAGAGAAAGCAGAUUAAGCAAGAAGGGUCGUCGAGGGGCUGACUUUACUCCAGUCAGCAAAGGAGGUGCUGUAGCAGUGGACUUGGUCAAGUUAUUUGGUAUUAAAUCAAGUGUUGUUCGGAAAAGAAAGGAGUGGGAUGUAUAUGAACCCAUUGUGGAUCUUCUAUCCAAUGAAGAAGUUGAUCUCCUUGAAGCAAAGGAAGAGAGAAAUUUCAGGGGAUCCAUAUCAAAUAAUAUUUAAUCAGACCAAACGAAGGUAUUAAAACUGGAGAUGGAUUCCCCAAUAUAUGCUGGUUUUGCGAAAGGGACCAGUCUUUUGCAACAUGAUCUAAAGUUCAAAUAUGUGUUAGUAGAGGUGUUCGCCUUUACCACGUGUUUGCCUUUUUUUGUUUAAAAUGUGGUCACACCAGACAGCAGACUCAAAGCCACAAAUUCCAGCUUUACAAAAAUCACGACCAUGUUGUAGAUCCAAACAAGCUAUUAUUAGUGUGUGAGAGCGUCUUAAAUAUGAUUAAGUGUGUUUGGUUUUGUGGUGGCGAAAAUUGAUUUUGGCUUGGAUACCUCUCCAUCAAAAGUGAUUUCUAUCUAAUAUAUAUUAUUCUUUGAAUAGUUUGGAUCAAAAUUGUUUUCGAGUGAGUAAAUUACUAAAAUGG